AUCGAAUCUCCAUCUGACGCCACGAAACAACUACCUUGUUCAUAUAUCGACGAAGGAUAUUGAACAUACACCCCCAGAUCACCUAGAAACGCGUCUACAGCACCACUCACGGUACCUCAUCGAAGAAACCGCGAAAACCUUAGCGGAGCGCAAUCAUGGCGACCCAAGGCGACAAGUUUGGAAAUGACAUGGAGUCCGACUCGGGCUCCGAGCAGGGUUCCCCGAACCUAGAGGCUACGAAUGAUGUGGAAGACAAUGAUAACAUCCCCGAUAUGCCGUUAAAGUCGAGCCUCAAGAAGCCCACAGCAGCAAAGGACCAAGCACCAGUAGUUGUGCGCCCGACCCUCCCACCGCAGACCGAGCCAAAAGACCUAGAUGUCAAGGCCCUCACCCCUCUGACCCCAGAGAUUAUUGCCCGCCAGGCUACGAUCAAUAUUGGAACCAUCGGCCACGUCGCUCACGGAAAGUCCACUGUCGUGAAGGCUAUUUCUGGUGUCCAGACUGUCCGCUUCAAGAACGAGCUGGAGCGCAACAUUACCAUCAAGCUCGGUUACGCGAAUGCUAAGAUCUACAAGUGCGACUUUGAGGACUGCCCGAGACCAGGAUGCUUCAGGAGUUACAAGAGUGAGAAGGAGGUGGACCCCCCUUGCGAGAGGGAAGGAUGCCCAGGCACGUACAGGUUGCUCAGACACGUCUCUUUCGUCGAUUGCCCUGGUCACGAUAUUCUCAUGAGCACUAUGUUGUCAGGAGCCGCUGUCAUGGACGCAGCUCUCCUUCUUAUUGCAGGAAACGAAACCUGCCCUCAACCGCAAACGUCUGAGCAUUUGGCCGCCAUCGAGAUUAUGAAGCUUGACAAGAUUAUUAUCCUCCAAAAUAAGGUCGAUUUAAUGAGAGAGGACGGCGCCCUGCAACAUUACCAGUCGAUCCUGAAGUUCAUCCGUGGAACCGUUGCUGACCGCUCGCCAAUUAUCCCCAUCUCCGCCCAACUUAAGUUCAACAUCGAUGCGAUCAACGAGGCGAUCGUCUCCACAAUCCCAGUCCCACCUCGUGACUUCUCCCAGGAUCCUCAGAUGAUCAUUAUCCGAUCUUUCGAUGUCAACAAGCCUGGUGCCGAGAUUGACGAGCUCAAGGGUGGUGUUGCUGGUGGAUCCAUUCUGCACGGUGUUAUCAAGCUCGGUGACGAGAUUGAGAUCCGUCCCGGAAUCGUCACAAGAGAUGAUAAGGGAGCUAUCCAGUGCACUCCUAUCUUCAGCAGAAUCGUCACCCUCAACUCCGAAAACAACGAGCUCAAGUACGCCGUUCCUGGUGGACUUAUUGGUGUCGGUACUCGCAUCGAUCCUACCCUGUGCCGUGCCGAUCGUCUGGUUGGUUUCGUGCUGGGUCUCAAGGGCAGACUUCCGGAUAUUUACACCGAGAUUGAGGUCAACUACUACUUACUCCGCCGUCUCCUCGGUGUUAAGACCGCAGAUGGAAAGCAGGCCAAGGUCGCCAAGUUGGCAAAGAACGAGGUUCUCAUGGUCAACAUUGGAUCUACCGCCACUGGUGCCAAGGUUGUCGCUGUUCGCCAGGAUGCCGCGAAGUUGGUCCUUACCAGCCCUGCGUGCACAAACACCGGAGAGAAGGUCGCCCUGUCGAGACGUAUUGAGAAGCAUUGGCGUCUGAUCGGAUGGGCCACCAUUGCUGCCGGUGUAACUCUUGAGCCAACUGCAUCCUCUUAGACGACGAUAUAUAUUACGGACGUGAUGACUGUGAUGGUGCUGAAGACGUGAUCUUUCAUGAUUUUUCUAUGGGUGUCAUAGGGAUUUAUGGAUAUGCGUGCAUAGCAUAUAAAAAGAGGAGUUUGUCCUUGCGAUUUGGCCACAAUCAGGGCUAGAUGAUGUUAUUAAAGAAAUGAAAAAAAUUGAUAAUACAUUGCCGUCUUGACAACAAAAAUAUACACAUAUCGUCAC